AUGACAAGGCCAGCAACCUCGAUUGCUACUACGUCAGCGCAGACAACUGGGUCGAUAUUUCCGCCGGCACCAGGAAACGGAACCGUCUCUUCUUCGUUGGCUUCCGGAACUACAUACUCAGCAGAGUUUCUGCGUCGUCUUCCGCUGACAUGGGACUUUUACCUUUUCCGCUUGAACCUCCGCUUCAAACGCUCGCGCACAAGUCCGACAUCUACAAACACCUACGACACUACCCUGAGGACCCGAACUUUGACCAACGCGCCCACCAGCAGUGCUACCGAGACAGUGGCCGCCGCAGCUCCACCCUCAAAGCCACUGACGCCAGAGGAGACCGCCGGAGUUGCUAUAGGAAGCACAGCUGGCAUUUUGCUUGCCAUAGUCGCCGCGAUAUUCGUCGCUCGCCGCUACCACGCCAUUCAUGCGGCAAAGCGUGGAAGCGGUGGCUCAUCUGGUGUCUACCCCAAAGAAGCGUAUUUGUACGAUCCCUCACUUGGCGAGAACGGUGGCAGUGGUACUGCAUCCGAUGAAGCACUCAUCUUCAUGUCUGGUGGAGCGAGUGGGUUGCCUUCGACUGGAAGUAGAACACCGCCUCGUGUGCCGAAGAACUCUCGAGAAUACGAUCCUCGUGGUUGGCUCAACAUCAGUGCGCAGAACUACAGCGACCCUGGCAACCCAUGGAUAGACGACCCAUUUAAAGAUCCUGAAGAUCCUUUCGUGGACUGGAGAGGUAGCGAUGCGAUAACCUCGCCGAGCGAUAAUGGGGAUGCUCUUGUAGCGGGGGUGGUCGACGUAGCAACUCAGUAUCUUCAAGACGAAGCAGUGUCAAGAGCCAAAGGUCUCUAA